ACAAACGUGGCAUUGCGUAUGUACAUAUAUCAAUUUAUAUUUAAAAAAAAAUAAUUGCAAUGCCUAGUUUUGAAGAUAUAUCGUGUAGGCUUUGCCUUAAAACUGUAACCGAUACAAGUUUUAAAGAAAUAGAUGAUGUUACUAGAGACGUUCUCUAUGCGCUUUUACUGCAAUUGAAAUGUAAUGGCGAGAGCAAACAGGUAUUGUGUAAUGCUUGCAACGAGAAACUAAAUACGGCAUUAAAAUUUAAGACAAUAUGUCUGAAUACUAAUAAUAAAAUUGUUCAAUAUGUGAAUUGCGAGGAAAUGGUACAGCUAGACUUGAAAGAAAUUUAUAUGCAGGAAAAGGUAGACGGGCAGUUAACGGAUAUUUCAUGUGAUCAAAAAGUGUGUAGAUUAUGUAUGCUGCUGAUAAAAAAUGAAUUUAGGUGCAUACAAACGGAGGAACUCGAUACUAUUCAGGAGUUUAUUCCAGAAAUGAAUGUUAACAUCAUCAAAGAUCCUAUUAUUUGCAAUUUAUGCUUUGAUUCCCUGUGCAUUCAUAAUAAAUUUAUAAAAGAUUGUCUAGACGUAGGAAAUGAAAAAACUACAUCACCACUUAAUUUUUUCAUCAAAACUGAAAACUUUGACGAAGAAUCCAAAAUGAACGAAUGUGAGGAAAUGGAAAUGUCAAUCAAAACAGAAAGCAUCGAGAUAAAAUCAGAAAAAAAUGAGGCAGGAAGUGACAGUUUUACUCUUAAAACAAAAGAAGAAACAGUUGAGAACAGCAAUCAUCAAUAUGAGAACAGAUCACAAAUGUACAAGUGUGAUAUAGAAACCAAACACAAAAGCAAUUCUACCGACUUAGACCAAUGGGAAAAACCAAUGAACGUUUCACCAGUCGAAAUGUACAGAUGUGAUAAAUGCGCCUACGAAUGCAAAAGUAAGAAAUGUUUCUGGAAGCAUCAGUUAAGACACGGAGAUCCCUCCAAGGUGCGAAGGUACUUAUGUAAUACGUGCGAUUAUAAGACUGUAUACAAGAAUCACUUCACAAAUCAUCAGUUGAAACACAAAAACACUUGGGAGGUGCAGAUGUACACUUGCGAUCUUUGUGACUUCAAAACAAAGUACAAGAACAGCUUACAGAGCCAUCAUUUGAAACACAAAUGUCUUGCGGAGGCACCGAUGUACAAAUGCGAUUUGUGCGAAUAUACGACUGACCAGAAAAGUGACUGCCUUCUUCUUAACUCAAAAAAGGAAACGCUUCAGAACGGCAAUAAUGAAUAUGAGAACAGAUCACAAAUGUACAAGUGUGAAAUAGAAAGCGAACACCAAAACAAUUCUAUGGACUUGGAAGACCAGUGGAAGAAACCAGUGAACGCAUCACACAUCGGAAUACACAAAUGUGAUAAUUGUAACUAUGAAAGUGAAAGUAAGACAUGUUUCGGGAGGCUUGUGUUGAAACACGGAGAUCUCUCCAAAGCGCAAGGGUACACAUGUAAUGCCUGUGAUUAUAAGACUGUAUCCAAAAGUCACUUUACAAAUCAUCAGUUGAAACACAAAAACACUUGGGAGGUGCAGAUGUACAGUUGUAACCUGUGCGAUUUCGAAACAAAGUAUAAGAACAACUUGCAAACGCAUCAUUUCAAACAUAGAAAUCUUCCGAAGAUGCCAAUGUACAAAUGUGAUUUGUGUGAGUACACGAGCGACAACAAGAGGUACCUUAAAAAACAUCAGUUGAAACACAAAAACAUAUCGGAAGUGCAGAUGUACAAUUGUAAUAUUUGUGAUUACAAAUCAAGAUACAAGAGCACCUUUGACAAUCACUGUUUGAAGCACAAAAGUCCCGCCCAGACACAAAUGUACACAUGUGACUUCUGCAAUUUUAAAACAAAAUACAAGUACAACUUGGAUCCUCAUCUAUUAAGACACAAACACCAUUCCGAGGUCACAAUGCAUGCAUGUGACAAGUGUGACUAUGAAACUAAAGAUAAAAGAUGCCUCCAAACUCACUUAUUACUGCACAAGGAUUCAGUGUACAAGUGUAGGUUGUGCGACUACGAAAGUAAACUUAAGGGCAACCUAAAAACUCAUGAGUUAAAACACAAGAAUUCUUCAGAAAUCCAAAUGCACAAAUGUGACAAGUGUGACUUUAGUACAAAAUAUAAGAGCUGCCUACAAAAUCAUUUCCUGAGCAGACAUAAAGAUGCUUCCGAAACACGAACGUACAAAUGUGACGUUUGUAGUUUUGAAACGAUGCACAAAUUCAGCUUAAGUAGCCAUCAGUUAGUGCACAAGGACCGUUCAGAAAUACACAUGUACAAGUGCAGCGACUGUGACUUCGAGGCUAAACACAAGAGCAGCCUCAGAACCCACGUGCUGACACAUAAAAGUCCGUCGCAAGUGCAUAUGUACUCGUGUGACACGUGCGACUAUAAAUCGAGAUACAAGAGCAAAGUCGAUAGCCACCAGUUGGUACACAAGAGCCCUUCAGAAGUACAAUGGUACAAGUGCGAUACGUGUGAUUACGAAACUAAACGCAAACAGAAUCUCAAACGUCACGUGUUGAAGCACAAAGAAGCUUCACGGGAGACAGAUGUACAAGUGUUACCGAUGUGAUUAUAAAUCCAAUCGAAAAAGUUGUGUAGUAUAUCAUUACUUGGUGCACAGAAACGCAUCAGAGGUGUAGAUGUACAAGUGUGACUUGUGUAAUUUUGAAACGAAUUGUAAAAACGGUUUGAAGUACCACCUGUCGACACAAAAACUAUUAAAAUAAAAACAUUGUUAUAAUAUACUUUCGUUGAUAGGUGAUCUUGCUGAGGCAGGGCCGCUAGGUUAGGGGUCAGGGGAGUAUUGAGCACUCCCCGAGAUCCCGCGUCUGUAUCCUUGCCAGGAAAAAUGACAGAC